AUUGAAUCAUUCAUUUAUUAUUCAAAGAGUUACGUUUCUUAAGAAUCUUAUUUAGUAAUGGACGUUUUGUUAAGAAAUUUGAUGUAACGGUUAACGUUUCAAUGAUUUUUUUUUUUUAAAAUGAAUAGACAUGUGGAAUUUUAGUGAGUACGAAAAAGAAAUAGAAAAAUUUGUUAAACGCGACUUUUCGGUGAGAACCGCUGCUCAAAAAUCAAGCUCAAAUAAAAAAUUAAUUCCUGUACAUGCUGUAUUCGUGUCCAAAUAAUGAGUGUAGACAGCGAAAACAAGUCUAAUGAAGCGAUCGCACCAUUCACUCCGUCCGCCGAUCAAGAGAACAGUGGCAAUGGGAAUAUCGGUGAUAUUCCAAUAACACCAGAUAUGGUGCUGCGACUGCCUACCAUCACAGAUAAGUAUUUAUGCUCUCCGGAAGCUAAUAUUUAUGACAUAGACUUUACCAGAUUCCAAAUCAGAGAUCUGGAAACAGGAGCAGUUUUGUUUGAGAUAACAAAGCCACCAGCUGCUGAAUGUGAUUCUCAUCAAGAUGCGGAGGCAGAUUCCGAAGAAUCUACUUGCGAGGAUGCAAACACCGGAAGAUUCGUGCGUUAUCAAUUUACCCCGCAGUUUCUUAAGUUAAAGACAGUUGGUGCCACGGUCGAAUUUCUGGUAGGGCCAAAACCAGUAAACAAUUUCAGGAUGAUAGAACGUCAUUUUUUUCGAGAUAGAUUGUUAAAAACAUUUGAUUUCCAAUUUGGAUUUUGUAUUCCAAAUAGCAAAAAUACAUGCGAACAUAUUUAUGAAUUCCCUACUCUACCAGCUGAUCUGGUUUCUGAAAUGAUUGCAAAUCCAUUUGAAACACGUUCAGACUCAUUUUAUUUUGUGGACAAUCAACUGGUAAUGCACAAUAAAGCAGAUUAUGCGUAUAAUGGAGGACACCAAAAUGAUGUGAUUUAAUAUGUUAUUUGUUGGAUAGUAUUACUUGAAAGUUAUAGAUUAAUAAUACCGUAAUAUUUGCACAUUAUGAAAAGCAAUUGUGUUAAUAGUUCAAUUAUUCACCAGUCUGACUUAAAGGUAGAAUUAUAUGGCACAUAAUUUUAUUUAGUCUUUGCCAUAUUAUUGCUGUCAAUCAUACACAAAAAUUACAAGUAAUUUUGAAGCAUACUUUUAUUAAUAAUAUUUAUCUCAUUGAUCAUAAAAGUUGAAACUAGUUGCACAUAAUAUUUUCACGAUUUUAUCAGUGAAUUACUUUUUCUGAGUUACUACUUCUCAUAUAAUAGCUUGAAACGAGUAAUAAACGGCCUCAAAUCACUUUGUGCAUUUUAUAAUAUUUUUUCUCUAAAUAAGAGAAAAUAUUGCCUAUAUUAUUAUCUACAAUUAAAGGUAUAUAAAAAUACGACAUCAUGUUAACAAAUUCUUACCUGACAUAAGAUUCAUACUUUGUUUAUACUGUGUUAUAUUUUUACUAUUUUUCACCCAUUAUCUCUGUAAAAAUUUUCACAUAAAUAUAUGUACAUAUUUACAAACAA